AUGAACGACGACGACGAUCGUACGCCGGAGGCAUCUUCGGAAGAAUCUGAUUCGGAGUUUGAAGAAGGCGGUGACGGUGUGAAUUACAGUGCGAAUUUUGUCACAGAUAUGUUUUUUCCAACGUUUGAUGAUGCAGUUCAAUGGGCGGAUGUUGUUGCCAUAAAUCUGGGAUUUAUUUUGGUCAAAUUGUCUUACAACAAAACCAGGGAUGGUCGGCCGUAUCGAUAUUUGAGAUGUGAUCGGGACAUAUAUUACGAGUUCAUCACCGAUAGUUGGAGGAUCCGGGCAAAAAAUGAUGCAACUGGGACCCACAAUCAUCCAAUGAUUGUGUAUCAGGAGGGGCAUUGUAAAAUUAGUGGGUUGAGCCCGGAUGCGAAGAAGGUUGUGCGUGACAUGACAAAGUCUAAGGUUUCACCGCGUAAUAUCAUGGCGACUUUUGCCGAGCAAUUUCCUGAUGAUCAUCCAAACAUCAGACACAUCUACAAUUGCCGGAAUGACUUGAGAACGGAGAUGUCUGAUGAGAGAGGAGUAGUUCAGCAAUUUCUACAUUUGGUGAGACAGAGUCAGUAUCUUCACUGGGUCAUGUCUGAUGAUCUAGGCGUUUUACAGCACGCCUUUAUGGUGCACCCAGUCACGGUAGACAUACUACGGACGUACCCAUAUGUGAUCGGUAUGGAUUCCCCUUACAAGACCAACCGAUACGGGAUGCCGUUCUUUGAGAUAAUAGGUGUGACACCGACAAAUCAAAAUUUCCUCGUCGGUUACGUGUUCAUGCGCAACGAGUGA